AUGACUGACAUCAACGUUCUCACCGUCACCGCAUCUGAGCUUGAAACCAAGCUCAAUGACAAUUCCAUCACCAGCAGGCAACUAGUCAAGCUCUACCUCAGCCAAAUAGCCAAAUACAACGGAUAUCUAAAAGCUGUCAUUGCCGUUGCGCCGGAAGAGCUUCUGGACAAGACAGCAGCUGGGCUUGAUGCGGAACGAGCUGCAGGCAACGUUCGUGGGCCGCUACAUGGCAUUCCGAUUCUUCUCAAAGACAACAUAGCCACCGUCCCGAAGCUAGGAUUGCCCACCACCGGCGGCAGUCUUGCACUUGUCGGUUCCAGACCGAGGAAGAAUGCAGAAAUCGUUAACCAGCUCAUAGAUGCUGGCGUCAUCAUCAUUGGCAAAGCAAACUUAUCUGAGUGGUCUUGGUAUAGGUCGAAUAUGGCGAGUUUGGGGUGGUCUGCUGUGGGUGGCCAGACGCAGUCUGCAUAUGUCCGGGGUGGCCUUCGCGAGGAUGAUUCCAUUGGCGGUCACAGCAGCCCUGGAGGUUCCUCCACCGGUUCUGCUGUCGCAGUCGCUGCUGGAUUCUCGCCCAUUGCCGUCGGAGCCGACACCAUGGGCUCCCUCAUCAUGCCCAGCGAUAGGUCUGCAUUGUAUACGAUUAAGCCUACCGUAAAGAUUGUGUCGCAAACUGGCAUCAUCCCCAUCACUCUUGAGUUGGAUUCCGCUGGUCCUAUGGCCAAAUCGGCCUUGGACCUCGCAAAUCUUCUUCAAAUCCUUGUAGAUCCGAGCAAGACGACGAUACCGGAAGGUGGAUACAAGAGCGCCGCGACUGGUUCAUGGGGCAACAUCCGGGUCGGCAUCUUGGAGCCUGAAAAAUGGCUUUUUGAUACGAAACUCGUCAAAUAUGAAGAACAGGCAACAAAUCAAAUGCUACGAGAGUGGAAACAGGCUUACGAGACGUUGAAGUCUGUAGUCAAAGUUGUAAAACCUGUAACUCUUAUUUCACUAGAGGAAUCAACCGAUAAUGGAAGAAUUAAAAUAUGGAACGCUUUCGACACAACGUUCAAGGAUCUCAUAAAAGAUUAUCUCUCGGGAGUUGACAACAGCAAAAUACAUUCACUUGAAGAUCUCAUCGAGUUUAAUAAAACCCAUGCAGACAAAGAACUUCCCCCUGGUGCGGAUAAUCAAGCAGCUCUCCUCAGAGCCGUGCAGGCAAAAAUGACCGAUGACGAGUAUAACGAUAUUAUGAACAGCGCUCGCGAGCUCUGUGGUAAGAAUGGAAUUGAUAAGACACUCGAGGAGAACGAUGUCGACAUCAUCAUCGGGCCCGGAGAUGGCCCAAUGUUUGGCAUUGCCCUCACAGCAGGUUACCCAGUUGCUACGGUGCCUCUUGAUUAUCUCGAGUUCAACGGGAGGCCCUUUGGCAUGCAAAUUGCGGCCAAAGCACACCAGGAAGCUCUGCUGAUUCAAGCCCAAAGCGCAUGGGAGGCGACUUUUCCGAAGCGCCAGCCGCCGCCACUACAUGAGAUCGCCCUCAAUUGA